GUUACAUUUGACUAUCUCCGUCUGAUAAAGUUUUCGCGUGUAAUUGAUGUGGAAGGAGAGGGGCCACAGAUAUGUAUGAGGGAUAAGGAAUGUGUUAAUCUCUAUGACAUGUUUCAUGCCAGACGCAUUUUGCAUCGAACUGCAUACCAACAUAGAGUCACUAAGACAGUUGACACCAUGUUCAUUGAUGCUUUUCUGUAUGCUGAUAAGCAUGUAAAAUAUCGUGGAGAUGAUGGGAAGAAAUACUGCCUGAGUGAUGCCUGUGACAAUAUGUCAGCUUAUACACUCCUCAACGACAGUGUGAUCCACCUAAUCCUCCUAGCUGAAGGAGAGCAUCCUGAUCUCCUGAAAGCCAAGCAAAUCGUAGAAAAUGUCCUCACUCGGAAACUCUACAUCUAUGUGGGUCACACUCAGCCCACGGCAAACGAUAUUAGUCAUGAAGAUCUGCUCCAUUCACUGGAGAAAAACAUACCUAAAGGAAGUUCACUUACUCUCGACAAACUUGACAUCCAAGAAGUAAGGCUGAAUUAUGGCAUGGGCAGCCAGAACCCCAUAGAGCAUGUGCGCUUCUACAGCAAGAGUGCCCCAAAUAUUGCUAAAGUACUGAGGAAGGAAGAAGUAUCAGCUAUGCUGCCACAGAGUUUCCAAGAAGUGUUGUUCCGCCUAGUAUGCAAAAGCUUUGAGGAAAAUAUAUUUCUAGAAGUACAGAAUACAUUCUUGGCAGCUUGUAAAGAACUUCAGAUGAAGGAACCAUCAGUCUGCACAACAAAGAUGGACUCCUGGCCAAGCCACUUAACUCCUGUCAAACGAAAUGCGUCAAACAAUGGCCAACAAACUGCAAAUGGAACAGGACCUUCGAUUAGGUCAGCUGUAACAAAUUUGACAUUUGAAAAUUUAUGAAGGUUGUUUUAGUAGUACCCAGUUUCAGGAAUCCUUAAAGGUCAAAAUGACAAAUACCUAGAAUUUGUUUUAAAGGCAGAAAGCUUGAAUGAUGAUGUAUAAACAUGCUGGCUGUGAUUUUGAGGCCCCCAAAUUCCUUGAUCUUGGUCUUGGAGUCACUCUAAACCAAAGGUCUUAUUUCAUUUGUAAAUGCAUCUAGAGCCACCACUAGGUUUUUCAGACUCCAGGAAAGCAACAUCAUCAGUGACCAUGAUAUUAGCCAGUGUUGAUACACAAUGAUUUUGGAUAGUAGCUUUGCCCAGUAUCCAAUCCAUGCAAGUGUUGGAAACUGUUGGUGCAAGAACACAGCUCUGCUUCACUCCUGAAUUCAUAGGGAAGAGGCUAAACAGGCCCCCACUACACUUCACAACAUUUUCAGUAUCAGUAUACAGGCUUGAUAUUAAUCCAAUAAUCCUUGUUGGAAUUCCCCUUAGUGUCAAGAUCUUCCAGAGUGAUUUAUGAUGCACUGUGUCAAAUGCCUUCUUGAGGUCAAUGUAGGCUGCAAACAGUCCAUGACCAGACUCACAAGGGUGCUCUACAAAGACUCGUAGCACUGUGAUAAGAUAUAUUGCAGACCAACCAGGAGUGAAUCUGGAUUGUUCUGGCCUCUGGUGCCUCAGUAGAUAAUCUCUGAUACAUCUCAGGAUGUGAGCAAGAACUUUGCCUGGUAUGCAGAGCAAAGAAAUGCCUCGGUGAUUGCAGAAGUCCCAUCAAUAGGUGGUUACUCACUGAUGAAUGGAUCUGGCACUGGGAUUUUGACACCGCUCACAUCCAAGCUAGCUGUUGGUGGAUUAACCUAGUAACUGCUCAGAGUACUCAGCUCAACAUUUUUGUACCCCAACAUGAUCUGAGAUGAUCCAGCUAACAAUUGAGUAGACUGUUGUCUGUGAGGAAGGCAUGUAUUUCAGUCUUCUCAGGGCUUGGUAGAUAAGCUAAGUACUAUUACUUGGCCUUUCUCAUCAGUGCCUGAGUCCUAAGUGCUAGGGAACAAAGCAAGUCUAUCACCAAUGAAAUCUGAAGCUACAUCAAGUGUAAUGUGCUUGAAAGUAUCCCACAGUGCUACAAUGUCCAUCAGGUUGCUUAGUUCUGUAAACGACCAGAGAGGCAUACUCCCCCUCCCUUAGCCUGUCCAUGUGAAACUCCCUAGGGUGAUCACUGGAUUAAAGGGGAGCUGAGAAGUGGACAUGGAGGGUAGCCAAAUUAAUCCACAUAACUGAGCACUCCAGUAAACCCUGCAGUUCUGGAGGACCCUCCAGUGAGUGCUACAAGGAUAUGGUCGAUCUCCUAGCGAGGCAGGUCAGGGUACUGGUACCAGUAACCAGAAAGCCUUAAUCUCUGGGAUGUAAUAAAGUACUGGAGAAGGAGGCUAUUCUUGCUACAGGCAACAGCUUCUGAAGCAUAGGGACUGAUAGAUAUCUCAUAGUUAGCUUGAUUACAGGUGGAUACCACACUGGAGUCGACCAGAGCAAGACGAAUGUCUUACCAAAAGCAACUGUCUACCACUGAUGCGAUUUUGGUGUAGAAUACCCUUUUCACAUUGAACUCACAAAUAUUGGUAGGAGUGUACACAGUCCUUAAAAAUAUUAAGUCAAAUACAGGCUUCAGUCUCAAUGCCAGUAUACACUCAUCUACCAAAGUAACCUCUACUACCAAGGGCUGCAGUGUGCUAGAGAUGGCUGUGGCUACCUCCUGAAGAUGGUGACGCCACCCACACUGCCAGGUCUUCUCACCUCCGAGAAGGCAGCCACCUCAUUUCUCGACAGCAGUGGCAACUGAUCCUCCUGCCGCAAAGAGUGGACGUUCCAAGCCCCCACCUGGACAGCCUGUCUAAAGUUAAAUCUGAGGUCAUCACUCAGGGUGGACACUGUCUCUGCCACCCCUGCUGUCAUUGCCCCAUAUAGAAGGGUAAGGCAAGCCUCACAAAGGGGGUAGGGGCAAGGCACAGGAGUUAAUAUGAAGCCAGGGCAUGGCCACAUGCCAGUGGGCCAUGACUCAACCUGCAGGGCCUCCUUCUGCUAGGAGCCUCCAUAAUUCAGCCUAGGACUGCAAGGUACCCAAUUUCUAUGGGUGGCUGUGAGGAGGCAUUGCAGAAAUUGAUGGUGGAGAGGCUGUGAAUCUGGCAGUGGAGGCUUAUGCAAGUUGCUCUCUUUUUCACACCAGGCCAGCCAGCGGUGGCAGCUGCAAGUGAAAAGGCAUAGACAAGCAGUUAUCACAAUGUAGGCUCCACACCAGUGCUUCACCUCAUCCUGAACAUAAAGCAACCACCCAUAAAAAAACAACAUAAUGAAUUCUUUCUUGUCUUUCUGAUGCUCAAGGAUACAUUAAUUAUGUUUAUAAUUGUGAAAACACUCAGCUGUGUUGAGAAUCUAGCUACAUUAGCACACAAUGUGAGAGAAAGUAUUUGUCAAAACUUCAAGUGCCUGAAAUCUGUUUUGAGAAAGGGAACGAAGAUAAUGUUACAUAAACAUGUGUGCAAUGAUAUUUGAAUUUUAUAUUAUAUUCCUCUUCAGUUUCCUGAUGUCCUCCUCAUCUUCAAUGGUCUUCCUUUUCUUCCCUUCAUAAUACUGUAUAUUUAUGUUUUAUAUGUGCAAUGUUGACAAUAGGGUUUAUUCUCAUAAAAUUAUUAUACAAUAUUUUAUAGACUUAUGAAAUAUGCAUGUAAGCAUUAAAAAUGGAAUGGAGGCCUGUGUAAAAUGAAAGUCGCAGUUUUCUUAAUCAGCCAAUUCUCCCAGGAGGAAGUUUGGAUACUAUUUAUAUCAUGUGGCUCAAUAUCUUUGACAAUGGUGUGUGUGUGUGUGUGUGUGUGUGUGUGUGUGUGUGUGUGUGUGUGUGUGUGUGUGUGUGUGUGUGUGUGUGUGUGUGUGUUUGUGUGUGUGUGUCUGUGUCUGUGUCUGUCUGUCUGUCUGUCUGUGUGAGUCAUUUGUUAAAGGAAUAUGUGAUCUUGAAAAAAAUCACUGCCAUUUCUUGUGAAUGAAGACUCAAUCUAAAAGUUGCCAUUCAAGUCUGUAAUUGUCUUUCAUGUUUUAAUAAAGCAUGUAUAUGAGAUUAAUAAAAUCUGUUAUUUUAAGAGUAA